UUUAAACACAAAACUAAGAAUUAUAAAAUUCAUAAUUUUAGAAGCUCAACUUAAAAAAGUUUUUGAAUUCGUGGGUAGUAGGGUUGAACACGUCUAGACAAGUGUGACAAAGUUGCGGAAGAUACAAAAUGUCAAGUUCCCCUACUGUGCCCUCUUCGGAUGGGAAAUGUAAAGAACGACGUCAUAGGUGAUUCUUAUCAAACGUUUUUAUUUCAAUAAGUUACAUAAGUGUAAAAGUGACUACUAAUCUUUUCUUGUAGUGAACGGAACGGUGAAUGUUACGAACCUGUGAAAUGGAACGAGUAUUUUAACAUACGGGAUGAUAUUGAACUGGAAGGUGGAACAUUCCGAAUUUAUCGUCGAGGUGUUGAAGGUCCUCUCCUUUUCUUUCUACAUGGUGGUGGUUUUUCAGCGUUAACAUGGGCAGUCUUGAGUACCCUUAUCACUGAUCAAGUUAAGUGCCAGUGUUUAGCAGUAGAUAUGAGGGGCCAUGGUGACACAAAAUGCCUCAACGAUGAUGACCUUUCCAUCGAAACUCUCUCGAAGGAUAUAAUAAAAAUAAUAUUCGCAAUGUAUCCAAUGGAGGCUCCGCCAAUUAUUCUUGUGGGUCAUAGUAUGGGUGGAGCCGUAGCUGUGCAUGUGGCAUGCAAGCGAACUAUCCCUUCUUUGGCUGGUCUAGUUGUUAUCGAUGUAGUCGAAGGCUCUGCUUUAAGCUCGUUACGUGGCAUGACAGCUUUCUUACAUAGUCGUCCUCAAAGUUUUCUUUCUUUACCACAAGCAAUUGAGUGGAGCGUUCGCAGUUCGCAAAUACGUAAUAUAAAUUCAGCUCGUGUAUCUUUCCCCGGUCAGUUGAAGCGUAUUACAAGCGGUCAAACUGCAACAAGUGAAUUAGAUGCAGGAAUUGCUGUCCUCUCGAAAAGUGUUCCGUCUAUUCCUCCCGUAGCAUCAACAGUCGAUAGUCGAGUGUCUUCUGCAAGUCGAUUAUCAAGUCAGCCAUUGGUUGAAGAUUCAGAAGUAGAAAACUCUUGCAAUUCUCAAGAUAAUUUAGAAGUUGAUCACAAUUCAACAAAUCUUCCUAGCUGUCAUAAUGAUAUUGAAAGUUUACAACGCAAUACAAACGAUAAACCAUUAGAUUCAGCUAAAUUUUCUGGUCAAUACGUUGAAGAAUCUAUUCAUUCAAUAAGUGGUAGUACACUUCCUUCUCCUACUGAUACUAUUUCAAAACAUUCUACUUCAGUAUCAUGUAAAUCGAAUCGUCGUCCACAGUAUACUUGGCGAAUAGAUCUGAUUAAAACACAGCCAUAUUGGCAAGAGUGGUUUUCUGGUUUGUCUAAAUUGUUCCUUUCAAUCCCUGAACCAAAAUUACUUCUAUUAGCUGAUGCUGAUCGAUUGGAUAAAGAUUUAACCAUUGGACAAAUGCAAGGUAAAUUUCAGGUUCAACUUUUUCCUCGAUCUGGUCAUGCUGUUCAUGAGGAUGCUCCAGAUAAAGUUGCAGAAUCCUUGGCUAGAUUUCUAGUACGCAAUCGAUUCACAGAAGCUCGUUCAGAUUUGUGAACGAUGAAUAUAGUAUCCCGUAUCAAGAUUACUGCUGAAUUCCAAUAUCCAAGUUCUUCUCAAUACAGCGUUGGUUGCACUCUCUUCCUCACUGGACAAUCCUCCUUUAAUUAGAUUUAGUUUGUGUAUGUGUAUACAUAAAGCUUUAAUCAUUCAUUACAUUAUAUUUGUAUAAUUUCUUUUAUGGUUUAUCCUCUGUUGUUACAUGGUCACCAUUAUCCAACAAUAAUAGACUAAUGCUACAUUCAAUUUGUUUAUUUUUGAAAACUAAUUACUCUUCAAGAACAUGGACGAUUCAGUUCAAUGUCAAAAUUAAAUAAUAAUUCAAGAAGACCACAGUAAGAGAUAGACAGUUGAUCCUUGUUUCUUUUUCUCUUAUUCUCCUUAUUUUAGUAUCUGUGUAUGUAUGUAUGUCCCAAUGGAUGCUCCAUAUAUUUCAACUUUAAUAAUGUGUUUACUGUCUUCAUUAGAUCUCCCCCAUUGUCAGUCUUUUUUUCAAAUUUUAGACGUAACUGCUUGUUAUUUUUGCUUGUUGAAUUCUUUUAGAUUUAAAAUAAAUAAAAAAACAUCACUAACUUAUUCAUGUAUAGAUGUGUAUUUUUCGGAUAAAAAAAACAAAACACUCAACUUUGUCUUCUGAAUUUUUUGUCCCUAUUGUUUAGUUUUAUUUUCCCUGUUGAUUGAUCGCCUUGAUUGAAGUAUUCUCAUCAGUAUCGUUGUGCAUAUUCACAAAAUGCUCUAGAUCCUUCUAUUAGUCUAAGCCAAUGAAUGAUAGUUAGUAUUAAAACCCAAAUUGUUCUUCUUCUUAUCAUUUUUAUUCCCUGUACAAAAAAUUUUCUCAGUUCUCAAAUAAAAUUCAAAAAAAAAAAUUAGAGAUUUUCAGAAAAUUAUUAUUUCCCUCUAUCCAAAGUGUUUGAAUUGAAUUGAAAAUAUUGUUUUGUUUUUUUCUUCUUGUUAGUAGUUCAUUGUUGUUGUAAUUUAGUUCUCUUUCUAAACACAGUUUACUUGUUUGUUACUGGGUUCUCUUUUUUUUUUGCUGUUACAAUCAACAAGUUUCACAUUCUGUUUUGUUUUUUGUUUUUUCUCGUCCUGUUUUUCUUCCUUGUAUAUUUUAUGUUCUUACAUGCAUGUUAAUAAAAAAAUCAAAUCUAGUUUAUUUUGCCUUUUUUUGUUUCAGUUUUAUUUUUGUGGAGUUUUUUUAUUCGGUUCUCUCUUCUACUCUACUCUACUCUUUUCAAGUCAUGUUCUUUUUUUUUUCUUUGGAAAACAAGAGAGAGCUAAAACAAAAUGUACUAUUCAUGUAACAAUAACUAUUGAUGCUUAUCAGUUUUCAUAAUGAUUACACUGUGCUUGUGUUUUCUUUUUCCUUGUUGAUGAUGAUUAUAACAAAUACAAAAUAUGCUCGUUGAUUCAUUUCUAAUAAUCAAUAUUGUUAUCUCAUGUGUGUGUGGUUGUUAUUACUGUGGCUUUAUUC